AUGGGGCCGAGGCAGCUGCUGCCCGUGCUGGUCCUGGCACUGGUGCUGCCUGUGGGGUCCCAGCUGCAGGGACAGCUCCCCAGGGAGUCCCACAACCUCAACUGGAGCAAGUUUUCAGGGUUCUGGUACAUUCUCGCCAUCGCCUCCGACGUCCAGGGCUUCUUGCCGGGUAGAGACAAGAGGAAGCUGGGGGCGUCCGUGGUGCAGCUGCGCAGCGUGGGCCAGCUGAAGGUGGUCCUGGCCUUUAACCGGUCGCGGGGGUGCCAGUCACACACGUUAAUUCUGCGGAAAGAUGGGAAGAAGGCUGUGUUCAGGAAUACCUGUGCGUAUGGGGAAGGCCGAGGGGAGGGUCAGGGCAGCUCUGUUUUCUCUUCCUGUCCAGUGAAGGGGGUGGAGGGCUUCCGUGUGCUGUCCACUGACUACAGCUACGGCGUGGUAGAUGUGCGCUUGGGACGGGCCGGGCGGACCUCCAAGACCCUGCUGUUCUUCAGCAGACAGAACACGUCCAGCUUCCUGAGUAUGAAGAAGUUUGUGGACAUAUGUGAGAUUUUGGAGCUCACAAGGGAUGCGACUAUUCUCCCAAAAGAUGCCUCCUGCGCACACACCAUCCUGCCAUGAAAACCAGCCAUCUUCCUGCUCUU